UCAGCUCUGUCUGCUGUCGAGGUGACUAUACCGCCAAGACGAGGAACCCGAAUAUACCGCCUAGAUUUUAUUUACGCCUGAAAGUACCUGAAUCAGGUUCUUGAGAAUUAUCAGAAGCAUAAUACACCUCUGACCAGCUCUCGAUCUUGGUCGCACCACACCCUUUAGUCAUAUAGGUUCUCAUUCGCUACCGCGAAACGCUCUCAACGCUUUACCUCGCGCCAGGCUAGGAAACCGCAGCGCCCGAACCGCAAGCAGAAAUGGCGAGUUUUGAGAUGCCUCAAAACUGACCUACUUAACGAAGCUAGGAAACCGCAGCGCUGGAACCGCAAGUAGAAAUGGCGACUCACGCGAAUCAGCAGCAGCAGCCGCUGCCGCCGUGGCUGCAGCAUAUUCCUGGCGAGGACGAACCACCGCACGAUGCCACAGUUCCGGUUCUGGUGGCGGAAGUGAAACCAGCACUUGCCAAUCAAUUGAUCAAGCAGCUAGCAUCAGUGGCCCCCCUGCGGGAUCUGCAGCAUGUGAAGAGAGUCAGGCGGAAGGGGGAAGGCCGGGCCGUCUCCCUCCACGUCAUCCUGACACCUGGCAACGACCCAUUGGCUCUCCCAGAACCCCUGCAGCAGCUGGUGGCGCGACAUGGGCUGGAAAUUACUGUAGCUCAGGUGCCAGCGCACGCCCCUCGCAGCAAGGAGCUCUGGCAGCAGCAGCAGGCGAUUUGGCCCACGUCCUUCCAUCCACCCGUGCCUGGCAGCGGCGCUGCUGCUCCCCCCUCUACUAUCACGCCAGCUACAGCCACGUACAUCCAGCAGUGCUUCCGUGUGAUUAUACAGGGGGCUGUGGCAGCAUGUAAAGGCAGAGAGGGGGCAGACGCAGGGGGGAGCGUGGCUCUAGAGAGGGUAGUGGAGGAUGGUGAGGGGAGAGCGGCGGCUGAGCCAGGGUGCGAUGAAAGAGAUGGGGCAGAAAUACAUGGGGGAGAGACACAUAGGGGGGAGACGUAUGGGGGAGAGAUGUGUGAAGGAAGGGAGGCAGGGGAGGGAAUGGGCGGGGAAAAAGUCAGAGGGGAAGAGAGAAGGAGAGCGCAAUGCAGCGAAGGUGGAGAGAGAGAGGAGGUGCAAGGAGGGGUGCAAGGAGGAGAGAGUGGAGAAGGAAGAAGGGUGCCUCCCACUUUCUCUCUUCCCCACUUAACGGGUUUCAACAUGGUAAUCAUUGCAGACCCUAGCACCGGGUCGACCAUCGCCUCUGCACAAACGCCCCCAACGUCUGCUCCUGAGAGGAUCAAGACGAAAGGAGGGGAGAGGUUCUUGAGAAUUCUCAAAAACCCAACGUCUGCUCCUGAUAGGAUGAAGAGGAAAGAAGGGGAGAGCUGCAGAGGAGGCAAGGAAGACCAAGGUAGCAGGCAGAAGAGCGGUGCUCUGUCUCCCCCACAACCACCCAUGACAGCCAGAAGACAGAGAGUCUCUGGUAGUGAGAGCAUGGGCGAGGGCCAAGCUUGUGAGGAGGAAGAGGCAGCCAGGCGAGAUCCGGCUUGCGAGUCGACUCAGAAGGAGAUGGGGAGGGAGGAGAGAAGGGAAGUGGAUGGGGAGGAGAGGGAGUGCGAGGAGGGAGCUGAAGAAAAGGUCACGAGGGAAAGGGAAAGGGACAGGGCCCGGUUGCUCCUGGCAAGAGGGAGGUUGGGGCAUCCCCUGGGACAUGCGGUGAUGAUUGCGAUUGCUGCUGCUGCCGCCCGGGACAGAGCACUGUUCCCCAGCGAGGCAGUACAGGACAAGACACUGCUCAUGGAUGGUGGGGAGGAGUCAAGGGAGGUGGUACUGGGGAGGGGUGAUCCUGAGGCAACACGGCAAAUCAAGAAGCAGAGAGAAGGGGUGAGAGAAGGGGAGCAGAGAGAAGGGGAGCAGAGAGAAGGGGAGCAGAGAGAAGAGAAGGGGGAUCAGGAAGGGGAAGAGGUGAGGGAGGGAGCGGGUGUGGAGGUGGAAAGAGCUGGCAAGUCACCUGCGUUGAAAAGGCAAAAGUGCAAUGAUCACCAGGUCCAUCCAAGGGACCCGACACGUGCACCAGCUGGCUCGCCAGCCAACCCAUCCUGCCUGUCUGCUGCUCGUCCAUACCUCUGCACAGGCUUCGAUGCUUUCCUGCUGCAUGAACCGUGCAUCAUGUGCGCCAUGGCAUUGGUGCAUCAGCGCGUGCGUCGAGUCUUCUACGCCCUUCCGAGCCCGAAUGGAGGAGCACUGGGCAGCUGCUGGAGGCUGCAUGGGGUGAAAUCACUCAACCACCACUAUGAGGUGUUCAGAGUUGACCUGUGUCAACUAUUUGGUUGACUUCGGUCGACUUUAAAGUUGACCAGCAAGGUGGAGCAGCAGGGGAGAGCGCUGGGCAGCUGUUGGAGGCUGCAUGGAGUGAAGUCACUCGACCACCACUAUGAGGUGUUCAGAGUUGACCUGAGUCAACUUCUGGGGCAGCCUUUGAGUUGACUUGAGCCAACUUUGUAGGGCAAAGUGCCUGCCAGCAGGGAGGAGCGGUAGGAAGCUGUUGGAGGCUGCAUGGGGUGAAGUCGCUCAACCACCACUACGAGGUGUUGAGAGUUGACCUGUGUCAACUAUCAGGCUGACCUUUGAAUGGACACAGAACUGCAACUCUUUUCUUAAAUCCAACCACAUAACCACCAUGGAUAUAAUACACUUGUUCUCUCCCA